AUGGGGAGGACGUAUUCGGCUAAUUCUAAUGAUUACAAACUUGUAGAAGAGGUGGGAUACGGUGCGAGCGCAACUGUUUACCGAGCGAUCUAUUUGCCUUCCAAUGAAGUUGUGGCCGUCAAGUGCUUGGAUCUCGAUCGAUGCAAUAGCAAUCUGGAUGAUAUUCGUAAGGAAGCUCAAACAAUGAGCCUAAUUGAUCAUCCCAAUGUUAUAAAAGCAUUUUGUUCAUUUGUUGUUGACCGAAACCUUUGGGUGGUUAUGCCUUUUAUGGCUGAGGGUUCUUGCUUACAUCUCAUGAAGAUAGCAUACCCUGAAGGAUUUGAAGAAUCUGCCAUCGGAUCUAUCUUGAAAGAAACUUUGAAGGCUUUGGAGUAUCUUCAUCAGCAUGGCCAUAUCCAUCGUGAUGUGAAGGCAGGAAAUAUAUUAAUGGAUAGCGAUGGUGAGGUGAAACUUGCUGACUUUGGUGUUUCAGCAUGCAUGUUUGACAGAGGUGAUAGGCAGCGUUCAAGGAAUACCUUUGUAGGAACUCCUUGCUGGAUGGCGCCAGAAGUUUUGCAGCCAGGAACUGGUUAUGAUUUCAAGGCUGAUAUUUGGUCAUUUGGAAUAACUGCGCUGGAGUUGGCUCAUGGACAUGCACCAUUCUCAAAAUAUCCUCCAAUGAAGGUUCUGCUAAUGACCAUACAAAAUGCCCCACCUGGACUUGAUUAUGACCGUGAUAAGAGGUUCUCUAAGUCUUUUAAAGAAAUGGUGGCCAUGUGCUUGGUGAAAGAUCAAACAAAGAGACCGACUGCAGAGAAUGAGUACCAGCGUGGAGUAAGUGCAUGGAACUUUGAUAUUGAAGAUUUAAAGCAUCAAGCAUCUUUGCUGCAAGAUGAGGAUGAAAUACAAGAAAUCAAGGAAGAAGAAUACAGCUUCAGAUUUUGUACGAGUGCAGAGGUUGCAUCUACUUCAGUAGGGAAGACAUCUACUUCAGUAGGGAAGACAAUGGCUACAAAAAUUUUUGAUAGAGAAAAAGCAAAUGUUUUCGACGUGCCUGUACUGGAGAAUCAGACAAAUAAAGGAAAGGCAAAUGAAGAUGCUAUAUCAGGAUAUGAUUGUAAUAGUGGUAAAUCUGAGCUUAAGAAUAGAGAACCAAAGCCUGAGCUUCCGCCACCAGUAGUAGAAAAAGAAACAGCACAAGCCAGGACUAGAAAUCAGAUUGGAAGGCCUCGUCAAACUCAAAGCGGGCCACUCGUGCCUGCUGCUGUGCUAAGUCAUUCACAAUCCGAAAGAGCGCACAACUUUGAAAGGUGUGAGAUCGAAAACCACCAAAUAGCUGACAAGGCUCAGCCAGGGCGGAAAGCUCCUAGUUUUAGUGGUCCUCUAAACCUUCCUAACAGAGCUUCAGCAAACAGUUUAUCAGCUCCAAUUAAAUCCUCAGGAGGUAUUUUAUAUUCAUUUUGA